AUGCAUCCGAGCAAAGGGCGGAAGCAGAUCAAGGUCACCACUUCAGCUGACAGACAUGGAAGCGACAACUUCCAAGUGUCAUCGCUGGACCCCGUGGGUGAAUCUCCUAUGGAAGUGGACCCAUCCUUCCAGUCCCAGCCUGAGGAUUGCUUGGAAGAUGUCGUGACUCUGACUGUGGAAGACUAUGCAGAAGACAUCCAUCAGUACCUCCGAGAGGCUGAACUAAGAUUCAGGCCCGAGCCCUAUUACAUGAAGAAGCAGCCAGAUAUCACAACAGGAAUGCGUGCCAUCUUGGUAGACUGGCUGGUGGCAGUAGGGGAAGAGUAUAAACUUCGGACAGAGACUUUGUACUUGGCUGUGAACUUCCUGGACAGGUUUCUUUCCUGCAUGUCUGUUGUCAAAAGGAAGCUGCAGCUUGUCGGAACAGCAGCGAUUCUUCUGGCUGGGAAGUACGAAGAGAUCUACCCACCACAAGUGGAUGAAUUUGUCUAUAUAACAGAUGAUACCUACACAAAGAGGCAGCUGCUAAGAAUGGAGCACCUGCUUCUCAGAGUGCUUGGUUUCGAUCUAACAGUCCCAACCAUCAACCAGUUCCUCCUUCAGUAUAUUCAGAGGUGUGGAGUCUGUAUGAGGACAGAGAACUUUGCAGGGGUAAGAACUGUCUGCCUUUUGGGACUGAGGAGGGAGAAGCAAUCCUUGAAGGAGCUGCCACAGGCCUAA